ACCUAGGUUGAGGAUCACUGUUCCCAGUGAAUAGUUUGAAUAGGUGGGGAAAACACUAAUCUAUGCAGUUUCAUGUACUUUAUUGCUGAAAUUAAAAUAAAAUAAAAAAUUCUAAUUAAUGCACGACCUACGUCACUUGCGUGGAGCGCGCGGUCCCGCAGGAGGCGCACGGGGCGGCGCCGUUCCCUUGUUCGCCAUACUUGCACAAGAGCUCAGAGCAACGAACGCACUUAAGAGCAGAAGCACCUGAAAUCCCCCUUUUUUCAACACUAAGACAUGGCUGAGGAUGAUGUGACUCCAGAGCAGCUUGCAGCCAUUGCUGCCGAAAAUGAAGAGCCAGAGCCCGUCAACUACAAGCCACCUGCCCAGAAGUCUGUGAAGGAGAUCCAAGAGCUGGAUAAGGAUGACGAAAGCUUACGCAAAUAUAAAGAAGCUCUGCUUGGCCCUGGGGUCACUGAGGCUGAUCCCAGUGUUCCCAAUGUCCAGGUGACCCGGAUGUCUCUAAUCUGUGAGACUGCCCCGAACCCACUGGUCCUGGACCUGCUAGGUGACCUGGAAGCCUUUAAGAAGCAGGCCUUUGUGCUAAAGGAGGGAGUAGAAUAUAAAAUAAAGAUCAGCUUUAAGGUGAACAGGGAGAUUGUUUCGGGACUGAAGUACGUGCAGCAGACGUUCAGGAAAGGAAUGAAGAUUGAUAAAUCAGACUACAUGGUGGGCAGCUACGGGCCUCGUCCUUCUGAAUACGACUUCCUGACCACGACAGAGGAGGCUCCUAAAGGCAUGCUGGCCCGGGGCAACUACAUCAUCAAAUCCAAGUUUACUGACGAUGAUAAGCACGACCACCUGUCCUGGGAGUGGAACCUCAACAUCAAGAAAGACUGGGAUGACUAAAAGAGGCCUUUUUUUUUUUUUGUUUGUGUUUUUGUUUUUUAGAGGAGUGGGGAUGGGGAAGUGAGGGCUUCCAAAAUCCCUCACCCCCCCUCCCUCUUCCCUCCUCCCAUCCUCAUCCUGUGUCCACCGUUUCUGCCUUCUUUGUUUUUACAUUGCUGUGCAUUUCAUGCUCUCAUGCCUUAGUUCCUGCCUCACUGUCUUAACGCCCAGGCGUACUCCCCACUUUGUCAACAGUGGUAGCACCCCACCCCCAUGCGUCCGUCCAUACCCCUCCCUCCUCCACCCGCACAACGUCUCAUUGCUCUCUCACCUGACAUUCCUGCCCCCUCCACCAAGCUGUGCCAUGUAGCACCCCAGCCCCCCUUUCCCUUCUUUGCUGCUUGAAGAGAUUAACCCCACCUUCCACCCCCCGUCCAGAAUGGUGUCUUCCUCUUUCAGUAUGAAGUACAUGUGGAAAAGCAACUGUACAAUCAAGUUUUGUUUGCCUUUUUUUAUAUAUACAAUUGUAUCAAUGGUUGUGUAAUGUGACUGUAUUCACAUGUUAAUCAGCUGUUGUGUUCAUAGCAAACCCCACCGCAUCCACCCCCAAUCCCUCCCCCACUCACUAUAUCAUUCCUUUGCUUGCUGUCUUUUGAUAUAAUAACCGAUAUCUGCCUUGUAACAAGUUAAUGCGGAGCUGCUUUGUAGCGCCCCCCCCCCUGUAUCCACCCACUCCCCUUAAGACAGGGAAUGAGGCCAAAGCCAACAAGGGAGUGUUGAGUAGAAAAACAGCUGCCUUAUGUCUAAAGUUAUCGGUGUCUAAUUAACUUGCCUUGUGUGUACGAGCAGCACUUGUCAGGUUGUCCGUAAAUGAUGGGCUUACUCUUGCUACAGGUUGCUCUGCACAUGCCCACUGGCCCCCAGAUUUAAACAUUCUUGUAAUUGGAGGGGACUGAAUGUUUAGACAGAAUUUGUUAGGGGGGUAUUAAAAACAGUUGAAUUCAGUAUUGGUAGUCUUGCUCCGGUCAGCCACGAGGCCUUAGCACCAAACUAUGAUAACGUGGAGUUUAAAAAGAAAAAAAGUUUUUGUUCCCUUUGCCUUAACGUACAUCAUUCCCCAACAUUGCUUCAUGUAGUCUGCAGUCAGGAGAUCCCAGGUGUGGAGGAGUAGAACCAGAGAGAGCACAGGAGGCUGAGCCAGGCACCGCCUGCUGCUGCUGGAGACCUCGGCGGUGUCUGGGCUCAUCCAGACUGGCGCUGGUAGUGAAGAUGUGACCGGCCCAGACCAACUCUAAACAGUGACACUACCAGAGAAAGACGCUUUGUGUUGAAUGAACACAGAAGGGUUUUAAAAACUCACCACUAACAUUAAAUUUAAAUCAACUCGUACUGUACCAGAACACAUGGAUGUAUGAUUCUUCUAAUAGGUUUGUAUUCCUGCGCCAUACAUUCCUUCACGUUGUACAGUUUCUAUGAAAAUGCUGGCAUGCUGGUGGGGUUGUAUAUCCUAUCAUUAUUUGUUGUUGCUCUUCUUUGUCAAUAAAGAUUUUGCUCAA